UCAUAACCCUAAGCUUAACCCUAACCCAGAAACCCAAGCCCAAUAACCAAUCCUCACGCUCCUCAAACAGUUACACAACACACAGUCACACACUACUCUGAUUCCAAUUCCAAUCUUCAGUCCGUCUACUGGGUCUCCACCGUGCUUGUGUCCUCCAUCGGUGGUUCAACUCUCACCCUUUCACCACGUUCCCCACAGAAUCUCUUGCUCCCAUAGUCUCCUCUCCAGUUUAAAAGGCAUCAUGAUGCUCUGAAAUUGGAGAAGCCAAUUUAUUGAUUUGAAAGAUUAAUGGCAAUAUGACCAAUAACUCAACGGUCAUUUAGCAGGAAAAAGAUACUUCAAUCCAACAAGAUAUGAGGGCGUUUUUGGAGGCACUUUCGUUGUUACCAUUUUUUUGGAGUCUCCCUAAAAGGAUACUAUUGAAGAAUGUAUUGUUUAAGCAUUUGCAUGUCUAUAAAACAAUGCAGCAUAUUCUGAACCCAGUCCUGGAUGUAUCCAGGCUGCUUGCAAAGAAUGCAAUUCAACACUCAAAACAGAGAUGGUUAUUCCUCUACCAGUGAAGCCUGAAAGAUUGACGAAAUUUCUCAAACCUUAUGUCCUAAAAAUGAACUUCACAAAUAAGUAUGUGAGUGCUCAAGUAAUCCACACACCAACUGCGACAGUAGCUUCUUCUGCAAGCACGCAAGAGAAGACUGUGAGAUUGAGCAUGGAAAAGGCAAAAGAAAAUACUCGUGAUGUUGCAGCUGCUGCAAAAAUUGGCAAGUUACUUGGGGAGCGACUAAUGUUUCAGAACAUAUCUGCUGUUUCAGUUUCAUUGAAGAGAGAACAAAAAUAUCAUGGCAAGGUGAAGGCAGUGAUUGAUUCUUUGAAGGAGGCAGGGGUCAAAUUUUUAUGAAUUAUGUCGUUUCUUCGGCUGAGUUUGCAUUUUUGCUGCUUCUGGAAUGCCGACGUUUUAGCUUUGCAGUUUUUCUUUUUGGUAUUUUUUAAGUAACAAUGCCCAUGCCCAUUGUAAUGUUUAUCUAGGGAAAUAAGCUGUACUUAGAUUAAUGAAAUUACAAGGAUUUUUAUCCACUUAAAGUUUUCUUGGAAACAGUUCAUAUCUGUAGUUUAGUUUCUGUCCUUAGGAAGCAACUUUAUCCAAGAGUUGCAUUUCAAGGCAUAGAAUGAAUAUUUGGCACGUUGAACUUGA